UUUGCAAGCAUACCUAGUAGAUAGAGCUCCUGAGCUGGCGGGCCGUGGUUUUCAGUCGCCUGUAUUGCGCGAGACACGCUUACGUCACUUGGCGCCUCCACUCCGCUUCAGCGUCAGGCGAGCCCAUCGCAUAUCGGCUCAGCGGCUCAGCGCGACUCACUCCUUUUGGCGCGCUCACUCGCGUCUCACCCGUUCAUUGCCGACUUGACCGCAACAGUGGCACGACGUAUGGUACACUUUUACCGACGACGGGUCUCAAUAAAAUUAAAGUUAACUUUUUGGCACAUUUUAACAAGUGCCCGAAUAGUGUAUAAAUAUAUUUUUCUUCUUUGAAAAUAAACACGAAUAGUGCCAAAUACGGCGAACCAACGAAGUUUUCGCUCGGCGAAAACUUUAUAUCGCAAUUUUAGUCAUCGGCGACUAGAACGCUACUCGUUUUCAGUAUACGAUUUCUAUAGAAUUGUUUUUUUAAAGUAAUAUUUUUAUCAAUUGCUGAAUAUUUGUGAGGAUUUUCAUAAAUAGAGGCGUGGAAGGAAAAAGUACCGAAAAUGUCGAAAAAACAUCUUCACAACCAAGCGGCUAUACCGUUAGCUCCGGCGGUGUUUAAGAAACCUCAAAUGCGGCCGAUGAUAGUUGAAUAUGACCCCAAGAAAAAAGGAGUCAAAAAUGACUUAUCAGAUGUCGUUAUGGUCAAGUACAAAGUUGACCCAAAUGAGAUCCCAGUGGAACAACAGGCGGGCUCCACCCUGCCCCUCAUGGAGAUCCCAGGCAGGGAUAUUGAGGCUGAUGAGGACUAUAAUCCUUUCGAGCAUAGGAAACUGGCGCAUCCUACAUCGGAUAUGGAUACGCUUAUCCAUUUGCUGAAAGGAUCCCUCGGCAGUGGAAUCCUGGCUAUGCCUAUGGCUUUCCGCAACGCUGGUCUCUACUUCGGCUUAAUAGCCACAUUUGCCAUCGGAGGUAUUUGCACGUACUGCGUGCAUGUACUGGUGAAGACUGCACAUGAGCUGUGCAGGCGGAUACAAAAACCCUCGUUAGGGUUCGCUGAAGUUGCUGAAGCUGCCUUCUUGUCUGGUCCACCGGCUGUGCAUAAAUUUUCACGACUUGCCAAGGCUAUGAUCAACUGGUUCCUUGUGAUUGACUUACUGGGCUGCUGCUGCGUCUACAUUGUGUUCGUCGCUAAGAAUGUCAAGCAAGUGGUCGACGUGUAUGCCAAGGAUACUGACUGGUACGGCGUAGAUGUCCGUGUCUACAUGGCAGUUCUACUUCCUCUUCUCAUUCUUAUGAACUUGAUAAGGAAUCUGAAAUACCUGGCGCCGUUCUCAAUGAUUGCGAAUUUGCUGGUUGGCACUGGAAUGGGAAUCACUUUUUACUAUCUCUUCCAAGACAUUCCCAGUCUGAGCGAACGUCUGCCCUUCACCCGUAUUGAGCGCUUACCUACCUUCUUCGGAACUGCCAUCUUCGCCCUUGAAGGAAUUGGUGUUGUCAUGCCCUUGGAAAACAACAUGAAGACCCCCACCCACUUCAUCGGAUGCCCUGGCGUGCUUAACACUGGAAUGUUCUUCGUGGUAUCUCUGUACGCAUUUACUGGAUUCUUUGGCUACCUGAAGUAUGGAGAGAACACCCAGAGCAGCAUCACCCUGAAUCUGCCUCAAGAAGAAGCGCUGGGACAAUGCGUGAAGCUUAUGAUCGCUGUCGCCAUUUUCUUCACCUACAGUCUUCAGUUCUACGUGCCCAUGGAAAUUAUCUGGAAAAAUGUUCGCCACUGGUUCGGAGCCAAGAAAAACCUGGCUGAAUACAGCAUCCGUAUUGGAAUCAUCAUCCUGACUUUGGCCACCGCUAUCGCUAUCCCGAAUCUUGGACCCUUCAUCUCAUUGGUAGGCGCUGUCUGUCUCUCAUUCCUUGGCCUCAUCUUCCCCGCUGUUAUCGAAACUGUGGCUUUCUGGGACAGGCCAAAUGGCCUCGGUCGCUUCAACUGGGUACUCUGGAAGAACAUGUUCUUGGUUUGUUUCGGAGUUCUUGGUUUCUUAACGGGAGCAUAUGUUAGCAUUUUGGAUAUAAUCCACGGUGAGGAAUAAGAACAGACGCGCAUGACCAUUUCAUAGAAUAAGCUCAAUAGAUAUGAUUUUAAGCUAAGGCCGAUUUUUAUAAGUGUAACAAUGGCUUCGAUGGGUUAAAUUGGUUUAAUAUACCUAGCUUCCAUUUUAAAACAUUUUUGUAAUAUCUAGUAGUGGUUUUACAUGUUGAAUUCAUAUCAUAAUUAAAAAUAACUUUUCAACGUUUGAAAGUAACUCUGCACAAAACUCAUCUAAAGUUUGUUUUAUAAAAUUGUCGACCUAAGUUAUAGUAACGUUAAUUAUUGCUUUUAGUAUUUUUAUACUACUUGUGGUUGUCGCCACAAUAAUUUUGUAUAGCAAAGUUGUAUUUUCUUUGUAGAAUCGAGUUAUUUGUAUUUAAUACUUUCUUCGUAGAAUUGAGUUAUUGUAUUUAAUGCUCAAUUUGUAUAACGUGAGAUUAGAAGUAUCUUCCUACUAAUUUAACGUUUUGAUUUGAAAAUUAGUUGAUGCGAAGCAGGUUGUGUAUUCUUGUAACUUUCAUUUAUUUAGCCCCGAAACUCUGUAGCCAUUUUAGUUUUAAGCGAAGUGUAGAUAAAUCUACUUUUAUAUGUAUACAUAUAUACUUUAUGUAAACGUGUGAGAAUUCGUCUAGUGCAUUAUAGAAAUGUGAUACAAGUUUAGGUUAAAUAAAAGGCAUUAUGGUAUUGGAAAAAUGACUUUUAAAAACAAAAUUAAUUGUUUCGAAAAUAGACAAUAUUAAUAUCUAAGUAAUAGCAAAAUUUUCGAGCUAGGCUACAGCUUGCCGAAUCGUAAAAAUGGAUUACAAUUUUGGGGUUCAAUAGUAGAAACAUUAUUCGUGAUAAUAAUUAUGACAUUUCCAUUACCAAAAAAACCAUAUAAUUAAGUAUAUAACUGCUUAUGUAGUAUAAAUAUUCAUAUCGAGCUUUUUGGAAAAUUAUGAACUGAAGCAUUUAUCUAUACUUACGUACCUAUAGGUACAGAUAUACGAUCUUCCAUCAAGAUCAUUAUUGUUAUAGAAUGUAAACAAAACUCUGGCGAAAAUGUUGGUAAAAUCUCAAUAUUAGAUACAUUAUAUGUACCUAAAGACUGGUUUAUAAUAUUGUAUUUUUUUAUUGUCACAAAAAGUAUAUUCUCAAUCGUCCUUCGUUGUCUCAAAAUUAAACUCUAGAGUUUAGAAGAUAAGAUUGUAAACGGGUUGCACUUUCAGUUGAAUUGAUUACGUAAUGUUAUCGUACGUGUUAAUUGGUGAAGUGGCCCUGUUGUUCCUCGUACAAGUUUGAUUCUGAAUAUUUAUUUAGAUACUAACAGAGCGAAUGUUAACGAAUGGCUAAAAUGUAAGAUUAAAAGAAACCUAUUAUGAAUAAAUGAUCGUGUGAUAGUCAUUCUGGAUUAGAUGAUAGAUAUAAGUGUUUAACUAACUAAAGUUGGGUUAUUUACCCAACUUUAAAAAAAUGAUUAUUGUUAACUAGGGACGUAUUAUUCAUCCCCGCUGUUUUGGCUCUUUUAUUUUACCCGACUCCUCGAUAAGGAGGGUAAUGUGUUUUAGGAAGAUGUUUUCGACUUCCGACGUAGUUUAACGUAACCACAGCAUUUGGGGAUAUACCUAAUAGUGAUUUAAUAUAAGUUAAAAUUCAAUUAGACUUCUAGUAACUAAAUGUUCCAUGAAAUACAAAUUAACAAAAAAUACAUAAUAGUUGAUGUCAAUUCAGAUUCAGAAGCAUAUUUUCUAAAUUCAUAUAUUUUUUUAUUUACUCAAAGAGAUUGAAUAUUCUAUAAUAAUUUGCUACACAGAUACUUUUAAAAUGGAACUAUUCAUGGGAUAUCAUUCCUAUAUAUUUGGUAUUAUGUACCAGCCUACCUAUUUUAGAUACAUAGAAGUGGUUGUUUUGUUACAGUAUUAAAUAAAUACGAUUUAAGGA